AUGAGCAUUGUGGACACGAUAUUAGAAUUUCUGUUGCUGAAAGAGAGGAUUGGACGCUCCUUGGGUAUCAUCCACGAGGAUAGUGGUGACGGUGAGGAUGAGGCUUCUAAAGAUAGAUUUGACCUCAACAACUGGCUCGAUGAGGAAUUGAAGACGGUAUCUAAACAAAUGGUAAAAAAUGGCUGCACUAGAAUGCUCCAAGCGAGGAAGUUCGUACUAUGCCGGGAGAGGGCGCUCACUGUUUGCCGAACUGUCAACCUCCGGCUAAUCCUAGAACCCGGCGAACUCCCUGACGUCUCUACAAUAACCGGAUCAGUUUCAGAGCGAGAGUGGAUGGCAUUUACACACAUUUAUGGAAAAAGAGACAAAAUCGGAUCAUAUCCUAAUGAUACUGCUAAUAGGGUUCCUAGGGGAGGGUUCAGCUGGCGUUUCGGUUUUUGGGGUAAAAACUACCAGCUGCCGCUAUGGACGACACGCCGGUUAAUGGCAAGGAAAAUGUCGCACGCGUCCAUUAAAUCCACGAUUCUUUUUUGCGGCAGCAGAAAUUUGUCUGAGUUUUAUGCGUUUUAUUGCCCGGGCCUGAAUGGGAGCGGCGGACUGUGCUCCUCUAAUGACUUGUAA